AUGGUCCGAAUGGCCGAUAGGUUAGCCGAAAAUUUUAUUCCAGAACAUAGCCGCAACGACAGCGAACAAAUGUACAAGGCACGGUGAGUUGCUUCAAAUAUUUUUUCUCCAAGGUCGGCGUUUUCAUUUUGUUUUCCGAUUUCCAGAAACUCACGAGUAAAUUCACGAGCUUCCGUCGCUUCUUCCUUUGGUAAAAAACUUACGUAUAGUGAGUCUUCAUUCGAGCGCACUCUAGUUCCGUUCAAAUUUUUUCAGUAGAAACAGAUUCGGGAGUGUUAGAAGUCCACAGCGACAAGACGGGUAUUCUUGACGUAAUCAAAGACGCCAACAUGGAUGGCGUCCAUCAUCUCGAGGCCAAAAACCCACUUACGAGGUAUUCAUUUUGUUCUUAAACGAGAAUAUCUAAAAAUCUAUUAAAUAGCUGAUAUAUGUCUUCCAAAAAGUAUCCUUGCUUUUUGGCUUUUUUUCGCGCUUUUUGACAUGAUAUUUCAAAAAUUUUUUUGUAUUUUUUUCUGUUUUUAUGCGUUCUUCCAUAUUCAAUCAAACAUUUGGUAUCCACAAAAUAAUUUAAAAAAAUAUUUCAAUUUAGGAGUUGACACACAGCGAGAAGUUGAAAUUUUGGUUAAUUUAUUCAUGCAACUUCAAGCAUGAUUAAUUCAUUAGGGAAAUGGGAUAAAGUGAUUUGCUUUCUUCAAGAACCUUCCAACAUAUGAAAAGAAGAAGAAAAAAAAGAAUGUGAAUAAUCGUUUUCAGAGCUUUUUUUGGAUAACAAUACUGGUUGUUUUCGGAGUGUUGGCGCUCAUCCAAAUCUACUCACAAGUCAUGCUCUACUACAGUAAUCCAGUAGCGACGAACAUCGAAGCCGAAUAUCCCUCGAAAAUCGCGUUUCCCACGGUCGCGAUUUGCAACAACAACCAAUUUCGGUUGGUCAGCACUUGGAGUGACAGCCAGAGUAGUCCAAGUGGGGGUGGAAAGCUGCCCGAGCGGCUGAGACCUGUGUAAUCGGAAUGACGACAAGUCGCGGCAACCGCCUGAGGCGCAAAAGAUAAGCGAUCCAAAGUGAUGAAUAGUGCAUUCGCUGGCCAGCAGCUUGAAAAAUGUCGCGAUCGGAAUCGUCCGACUGCGAGCGGUCAACUGAUCGAAAAAGAACUCGAGUCGGUUUCAGGCUGACGUAUAUCACGGGCGGACGAGUGAUGAACCGCAGGGCGAAACCUAUCAGUGGAGCCUUGAAAUCCAUCGGACACGACUCCGCCUCCGUCUUCGAUAUGGUAGGAGUCGUAUCAAAGGUUUUCCUGCUCACCUGUCAGGAAAGCUCGGAAGAAAGAAGGAGAACAGAAAAUUCUUUUUUCAAAAGGGAUUCUUCUCUUGUUCUUACCAUUUCCACCAUUUCCGUUUCGUAUAGAUACUUCCUCGAUUGAUGGAAAGGGCACCCAGGUAAUAAUGUUCAAAGUCAUGGUACCUGGGCAAAAAACUUAUAUGAAUUGAGCACGCUAAAAAUUUUUCUCUUUUUUCUUGUUUAUAAGAAAUAAGUUCAAUUUUUGCUAUUUAAUUUGGUAGUCGAAGAGAAGUUUCAGGUGAUGCGAAAAGCGUGGGAUCUGGACGCGGUGAAGUUUCUACGAAGCGCGGCUCAUUGGAAGUCGAGAAUGAUAUUGGGGUGAGUUGAAUGGAAUUUAUGAGAGUCAAACUGAUUUGCCUAGGAGAUUAUUUGAGACACAGCAGAAAAUAGAGAAGAAUCUAAAAAUUCUGUCAUAAACCGGCUUUUCCAUGCAGGUGCACAUGGCCCAACGGUACUUCUUGUAAGCUGAGUGACUUUAAAGCUGUUUGGACAACGACAGGCCUUUGUUGGGCUAUAAAUACAGAUGCACAGAAUCCUUUCGAAGUCACUGGCAGCGGUGAGGCUUUUUUUCAUUGGUAACGUCGGGCUUUUAGGAAUUUUCAAAGACCCGAGUCCUUUUUCUAAUCCACAUCACUCAAAAAAAAAGAUGAAGUUCAUUGUUAAACUUCGAAGUAGUGCAAAAAUAUCUUCUGAUAAAAAAACGGACAAGGAAGGCCCCACUCUAGACCUCAUGAAAAAUCGCAAAAAUUUUUUUUUGAUGUAACAAGAGAAAUUCUGGAAGUCUUUUCUUGGGAAAUGAAGUUGCAAAGUCGAAAAGAAGUUUCGACAACUUUUUGAACUGACUUUGAGUCUUUUUUUCUCAAGGUGAAGAAGUUGUGAUAGUUGAGACUUUCUUAAUAUACAUCGAAUGUCAAUUUCAAAAAAAAAAUCCGAACAGGGUCUCUAAAGUGAAGGGAUCUUUGUGAAAGUAAUAUUACAAAUUCAUAUUUCGGAAUGUGUGAAAAUGUGAAAUUUUUUUUUUGAAAAGUUGCUUCGUUGACAAUGAUUGACAGGCAGCGGACACGGUCUUCGACUUCUCCUCAACGUGGAGAGCUACGAAAGAGUUGACGCUUGCACCAAACAUUUCAAAACCAAGAGUCUGCCUGGUAGAACCAAAGUCUUUUUCUUUCUUAAAAGUACUUCUCAGGACUCAAAAUACUGAUUUACAACCAGACGGACGUUCCUGAAAGUAGUGAAGACGGCGUGAAUGUUCCCUCGGGCUACUCGAUGGACAUUCCCUUCAAAAUGCAACACGUACACGGUUCCAGAAACAAGUUAUCAUCUUGAGAUUGCAGCGUCACAAACUUCCGGGUGUGCAUUGCAUCCAAGAGACGCCAGAACACAAAUUGGCGGAAAACGACUUCGACUCGCCGAACAAUAUUCGGAGCUGUACCAUAAGAAAGUAUCGUGCUCAGAGUUGCAGUUAAAAGGAAGUUUUCUCAGGUACAUGGCGGAAAUUGAGGGCGCCUGUCAGUGCACCAUGCGAAGAGCAUUCACGCCCAACAAUUCAGGUAGGGUCAUUUACGAACUCUUCUCAUCGGAACAGAUUUUCAUCAUUAGGCUCCCUUUAUAACUUUUUCCUCUUCUUCAUUGUCAGUCGGACCUCCAUAAGCGGCUAACCAGAAAACAGACUACUUAGUAUGGUUUUCAAAAGGAACUUCCGAACAAGACCAAAUUUUGGAGAAGUUUUUACGCUGGUCGUGAAUCAGCACUCAAAAGUUGCCAAAGAGGUUUGGUUAAAAAGUUAAGGGCGAUUGAAAGAGAAAAAUAUCAACUUUUGGAAAACCGGAACAACUCUAAAAAGACAUGUUUCGAUAAGAUAAGUUAUUUUUGAUUAAAAAAAAAUAUCAACAAAAAAUGAGCUUGUAUUGGCAUUUUAUUUCUCAUAGGAAAGCAAUCAUUCCAUUCAAAAAACUCCACGGCGUUUGUUUAAUGUAAUUUUUAAAAAAAAAUUUUUUUAUUCAGCUUUGAUUUGGAAUCAGCGUUUAUUAUGUAUUUAGAGAUAGUUAUCCCUAAGCUGUGAGUUCAGAAUAUGCCUACGGUCAAAAAAACGAUUUCGACUGUAUUAAUACUAAUUUGAGUCAGUUAUAAGUUAAGGAGUAGCUAGGGAGUCGAAAGAAAGUUGGUUCAUUUGUUUUUGUGAUUCAUGUGAACUCGCCUUCACGUCCAGCUUCCAGUGGACUUGCCAGCCUGCAACGUCGACGACUACUACGGAUGUGUGCAGCCGGCGAUUCGUCGUGUCCGCGAAGAAGGCACCGCCAGCAGCUGUCUCCCGCCCUGCUCUUCCAUCGACUACACCGCUUGGCAGGUACCAUCCCUUUUCCUUUCAUGAAGUAAUUUUUUCAUUGUAAGAACUUGUGCUGGGGUUUAGUAAAUGUAGAGAAACCUUUUUUCCGCUUGGAAAGAAUACAAAAUUUCAUAGGUUCGUUCAGGAUAUGAAUCGACUACCGCAAAAUCUGAUGCCGACUUUGAUUGUUGAGCAAGAUCAAGACGACGAGGAUGAAGUCGAGCAGGACGAUAUUGAAGAAGAAGUCCUUUCUGUCCGUUUUUUGUAAGCUGUACCUCUCGACUUCAGGCUUUCUUGGCAAGUCACAACCGCGAUGAAGAGACUUUCAGCUGCGAGGAUAGCGCCUACCUGGACGAGAAGCAGGUACGAAGUUGCACGGAAAGUUGCAAAGGACUCGAGGUUCGCAGGUGAUGCUGAUCAAAAGAGGGGCUCACAGAGCCUACGAAAAGCAAUCCCGGUACCAGGAAGACAUUUUCUUGCGCUCCAGGCGUCUAAUAACUCGCCUCAGAAAUGCAAUCGAUGCGUGGGUUCUCGCAAUAUCCAUGAAAACUUUCUUAUUUCACAUUAUUCAAUCUUUUCUUCUUUUAGAAUCAUUGAUCUUAUCUAUAUUUUUAGAAUGAAUAAACUCCACUGGGGAUGGCAUGCCAAAGACUUUGUCGGAGUUUACGAAAGACUGUCCAAAAACGUCUCCUGCUUUGCGAAUUUCAGGUUAAAAAAAUUGAAUCGUGACAUAUCCUAAUAACGACGAAUUUAAACUUUUUGACUUGUCUGUGGCUCAUAAAACAGUAGUACGUCAAAACGAGAGAGUUGUCCAUAAAAAGGCGCAGAUGAGUCAGACCUUUCGAAGUUUUCUAUCGCUUCCAAGAUGUGAGCAAACCGAAAUGAGCAUCUCGUUCCUCAUCGCUCGUUUUUAUGAAAAGUUAGUUUUCAGCGCCCGACACGAAGAUUUCGUGGCCAUAGUCAACAGCCACACGUUCAUCAGCGAGGAGAAAAAAACAAGUCAAAUAUAUUUUGUAUGUUUUUCUUGCUCUUUUGAGCUUUUUUUCUCUUAGCUGUUAGACGAAGAAGGGCACAAGAAAAACGCAACGAAGUACAAGUCGAUCGGGGAUCUCAAGUCGCGGUUCGGAGAUCGAGUCGAAGAAGUUGUCGAGGAGAUCCAGCUCGUUUUGCGAAUGGUAGGUUCUAGAAUCUUUUGAAAACUGAAGACAUUCAGAUGGAUAAAACGUGGCGGCUUUUUACCGAGUCCAGUUACCAGAAGUCUUUGACCGGUGAUUUUUCCAGAAUGGACAGAAUCGUCGAGUUGAUGGAACAGGUUCUUUGCAUAGAUGAUUUUCAAUUUCUUUAUUUCAGUACGAAAUGAACAAGCUGCAACGUCGUGCAUGGGCCGAGAAGAUGAUGUCGCGACAGAUGCGACAUUUCUUUGACGAAGACUUCUAUGACGUCAGUGGGGAUGUCGUUUAGAGAUAAUCGCCGUUUUAAGGCCUUCUACCAGCCGCUGAUGAAGGAUCUAGACCAGUCGUUGGUGAAAGUCAUAGAAGAGGUCGAAGAAGACUGGAAAAGUCUUCAAGUCUACAUCCAGCGUGGCACCGCCGCCAAGGUGAAAACGACGGUUCUUGAAUCAUCUGGAUUAAUUUUCAAAAUUUCGCGUAUUUUACUAUAAAUACUGCGUCUGAACUGGAUUCAGCUAUGAACUGAUCAAACUUUUUGGAGAGUCAUAAAAAAAUAUCAAAUCCUUGACAAAACGGGGCGUGCAGGAAACCGGUUCCAUAAAUUAAGGAGGUUGCUGAGUAUUUUUUUGAUGUGAAAUUUAAUUUUUAAAAUUUUAAAAUUAUCGUACUAAAAAGAUUUCUCAAUUGAUCGCGAACUUUUGGUAUACAUCAUCAAUUGAAAGAUAACUCCUUCCCAGUGUGAAAAAAGAUAAAUGAUUGAUCUCGAAAUAACUCUUCGCAGACCGGGGCGACUUUGUUCUUCGGCGACGCCUCGCGGGAGAUGAGACGAAAAUUCGCAGAGCUGGUCCUCGAAACGCACAAAUGCGUCUCGGGACAACUGCGACGCGAGUCUCAACGACUUCUUUCUUCCUUCAAAAAGGCCUACCGCGAACUUCAGGUUGCAAUAAAAAGGUUUUAAAGAAAUUUUUUUGCUUUAGUCUGCAUAUGGCAAACUGUUCAAAGAAGAACUUCCCGACUAUCUGGAAAAUUUUCAGUUUGGACAUAAGUUUGUCAGGUCAGAUUUUAUAAUAAACAAAAGAACAUUUUUUCGAACCGUUUUUCUGCAGUGACAACUUUGCGAUGGUCAACAUCUACCUCCACAAAAUGAACUUAGAACGCUGGAGCCAAGAUAGAACCUACGGAUUUUGGAGUCUUGCUUGUCCGUUUUUCGCUUUUUCGUUCAUGAUAUAGAAGUUGAGGUGACAUUGGCGGAGCCUUGGGCCUUUUUCUAGGAAUUUCUCUUCUAACGAUCUUCGAGCUCAUUUAUCUGUGCAUUCAGUAUGGUCUGUGCGGCAAGCGAGCCCGAAAACUUACCUGUUUUCCACUGUGAGAUCUUUCUUGGACUCCCUUUGGUCGACAAGCUCAUUUCCAGUAACUCACUUCGUUUCGGUCAUCAGACUUCGGACUUCUGCUCGAGCUGUUUCAGAGGAGGCUCUGGAGAACAGAGGAAAAAGAGUCAAUCUUUCCAAAAGAGGUUUUUUGGUUGCAUGAAAAACCUGGACAUUUUCCAGGUUUCCCUACGAUUACGAUGAAAGGCAUGAUCAAAGGACGCCUAGCGAUGAGAUUUACAACAAACUGUUAGAAAAAAUAUAUUUCGGAAAAACCACGAAUUGAUUCAGGAACAAAAGAGCGAUUUGGAACCAACCCAAAAUCUCGGAUACGGCUUCAAUGUCUCCAAGCGAGGUUCUCCAUGUGCAAAGAACCUAUCUGAGCGAUUUCCCUUCAGGUCAACGAUUUUUUGGAGCAAGUCCGACGGAACUCGCACCCACCUCGGUACGACCAACCAUCACCAGGCGAGUCCCGGUCCCACUCUGAAAACCUCUUCCCUUUCAGUUUCGACGCGGACGAUGAGUGGCGAGGAGAGGCCGCGCGAGCUCAGCGCAAAUCUGCUCAGUCCGAAGGCUCCAGAUGACAGACUUACCGACAUCAUCGAGGAAGACUCGCGGCGAUCCUCCGAUGACGGCGUCAGGGGAAGACGUCGUCCUUCAGAAGGUCUUUUGCCGCGGUCUUCACCCUCGUCUUCUUCUCAAACUUCUGCAGUUCCUCGGCGCUCUUCGGAAGGUGCAAAUAUUAUCCUUCUUGAUGUCACUUCAUUAAUAAAUUUUUUAACAGAAAGAAAACUUUGCAAACAAACUGCUAAAAUUAUUUUGGGUCUUUAGACGUUACUUACUCUCAAAAUUUGUAAUCGUUUUCACCGGAACUUUUGAAUAAUUUUGAAUUUUACAGCUAGAACAACUCCAACUCCUCUGUCUUCAAAACUGCCUCCCCCAAGAGUCAAUGAAAGCGUCCAUGUAAAAUUUAUAUUGGUUAUAUCAAAGGAUAGAAAACGUUGCAGACGAAUCUCGAGCCAGAACCAGUGUCUGUGUCAGAAAUUUCGGAAAGCACGACGCCGGCUCUUUUCCAUGGUAAUCAACCUAAGAAUUCGGACAUAUGAAAUCACUUCCUACAGUCGUCAAACAUUUGAUGUCUUUCAUUGUAUUCUCUUCUUCUCCGCAUAAUUCUUCUUCGGGAUUCUUCAUAUUUGGUAUCUAUGAGGAAAUCGUGAUUCGGGACGCUUUGUUACUUUUUCAUUGUUGA